CUUGUUCACACACGCACUCGGCUUCAUGCUGCACACACACACACACACACACACACACACACACACACACACACACCUCUGACUGCCUGUGUGGACACACCAAAGAAGAAGAAGCUCGGUGAGGACUCUGCUCGGACAGGAUAGCCGCUCAUGUGUGUGUGUGCAUGUGUGUGUGCUGGUGUGCAUGUGUGUGUGUCGAAGCAGUAUUGAUCCAUGUGCUUGAGAUAAAGCAGCUGAUUUUUUUGUGGAGGGUCGGAGUUUUUUGACGUUUUUUCUGGCUUGCCACGCAACUUUUCCGUCACUCGAGGACCCGCUGCUGCUGCUGCUUCUCGUGCGGGUGACGACUCAGUCGACAGGAUGACAUGGCGUCCUCAGUACCGCAGCUCCAAGUUCCGCCACGUGUUUGGUAAGGCCGCCACCAAGGAGAGCUGCUAUGAUGGCGUGCCAAUCACAUGCAGCGUCCAGGACAACAACUUCUGCGCUGUCAACCCACGUUUCCUGGCAGUCAUCACGGAGUGUGCCGGGGGAGGGGCCUUCCUGGUCCUGCCUGUCCAUCAUACAGGUAAAGUGGACCCUCACCACCCCAGAGUAUCGGGCCACAGAGGCAACGUGUUAGACGUCAAGUGGAAUCCCUUCAACGACUACUGCAUCGCCUCCUGCUCGGAGGACACCACGGUGAAGGUGUGGGAGAUCCCUCCUCACGGCGUGCUGAAGAACCUCACGGCAGCGUGGAAGGAGCUCCAGGGCCACAGCCGCAGAGUGGGCCUCAUCGAGUGGCACCCGACCGCCAACAACGUCCUCUUCAGCACGGCCUACGACUACAAGGUGAUGAUCUGGAACCUGGACUCUCCAGAGCAGGUGAUAAAGAACCCCGUGCGGACCAUCAGCCACCACACGGACGUCGUCCUCUCCAUGUCUUUCAACACUGACGGCAGCCUCUUCGCCACCACCUGCAAGGACAGGAAGGUCCGACUGAUGGAGCCGCGCUCAGGAAACCUGCUGCAGGAAGCAAACUGCAAGACGCACAAAGCCAGCAAGGUGCUCCUCCUGGGGAACCUGAAGAUGCUGCUCACAACAGGCACUUCACGCUGGAAUGAUCGACAGAUCGCUCUGUGGGAUCAGGACGAUCUGUCUGUGCCUUUGUUACAAGAGAACCUGGAUGGUUCGUCGGGAGUCCUCUUUCCCUUCUACGACCCCGACACACACAUGCUCUACGUCGCUGGGAAGGGUGAUGGAAAUAUAAGGUACUAUGAGAUCAGCUCAGAAAAACCAUAUAUCCACUAUCUAACAGAGUACCGCUCACACCUACCUCAGAAAGGAAUGGGUGUGAUGCCAAAGAGAGGCCUGGAUGUGAGCUCCUGCGAGGUGUUCAGGUUCUACAAACUGGUGACAAUCAAGAGUCUCAUUGAGCCUCUUUCCAUGAUUGUGCCCCGCAGGUCGGAGUCCUACCAAGAAGACAUCUAUCCAAUGACGGCUGGGAUCACGCCUGCUCUGACUGCAGAGGAGUGGCUCAGCGGCGUCGAUAAAGGUCCAGUGCUGAUGUCUCUGAGGCCUGGAAGUCAAGUAGCGGAGUCGUAUUCAGAGAUGAGUAAGGGGAUGGGAAACACGCGGGACAGUCGCAGGUCUCAGAGCAGACCAGGCAUGCUUCAGCUGGCGUACAUUCAGGACCAACUGCAAACCAAAGACGGCAAAGAGGACGGCAGCCACGCAGUGGACGACAGGAGUCGGACACCCGUCCGCAACGGAGAGGACCUCGCGCUUUGCUCGCCUCCUCGCACGGAGAACGAGCUGCGUCUGAAGUUCCUCAAGCAGCAGGAGGAGAUCCGGCGGUUGAGGGAGCUCCUCCACCAGAGGGACGUGCGUGUCAAACAGCUGGAGCUGGAGAUCAAGAACAUCAAGAACUCCCAGCCUCAGAGCUCACUUUAGGACUUACAGACCUCCAGAGUCACCGUCACCUCCUCAUGGGAACACAUGCAUUACUGUACAAACCCCCUUUUCAAACCACUGCAAUCUCCCCAGGGUCCCGACUCACCUCCUAUCUCCUACUCACCUCCUCACCUCUUCAAUCCUUUAAUGGGGGGGGCCCCCCCAUACUCACUGCACAGGGGCGAUUUCAACCUCAACUUCAUGUUUUCUUUCAAUCGAUCGAUGUGUCAGAUCCACACGAGGUGCACAUAUUCAUGUUCAUGUACAUACACCCAAACACUGAGUCUCACCCAGCUGUAACAUGUUGUAAAACUCUUUGCACCUGUUGAACUUUACCAUGUUUCUUUUGUACGCUUCACAGCUAUGCAAUUUUAUUGUAAUUUUUAGCUUUUUUAUUCUCUUUGUAGCCGCAAGAUGUGAGGAUGUUUGUGCCCGUCUUGACUGAACGAUGUGAUCUGUCUGCGUGUUGUUUGAAAGUUGUCGCAGGGGAGGCGCAGACGUCCUGUGUGAUUGUAAGAUAACGCUGAAUUUAUUUUCUAUGCUUGGUGAUUGUUUUUUUUUUUUUUUUAAAUUUCCCCUGAAUAUUUAAAUUACUGUAAGCGGAGAUGCCUGUGGUGUUUAAUGUAUGCCUGCUUGAGUGAGAAUGAUCCAAAUGAAUGAAAAAUAUCACGACCCCCGCCGCGUUCUUGCGUUGCGUUGAGCUGCGUUUGGUUUUAUUUUUGAAUGACUGGAAAAUCGGUGAAAAAUCAAUCGAUUUCACAGCAGCUGUUGUGUCAGCCAAUGCUUUGACUGAUGCCAUGUAGCAGUUUUGAUCUUAAUUUUUUUAUAUUUAUUUUGAAAAAUAUAAAGAAAAUUCCAUUUAUUCAAAUACUUGAAUUCGCGAUUGUAAUUUUUGGAAAAUACAGCACACAAACUGUCGAAAAAGUAAAGCCUGGUUGCUUUUUCCUGGCGUGGAGUCACUGUGAAGAAACUAUUCAAAGCCAUUGCAGAGCCGGAGUCCUGCUGCAGCGACGGGUUAGCUUGUGAUCCACUAGCUCUCAGUUCUGAAUGUAUUUUCCUUAACGAGGUGUCGUUCAUCAGCCUCUGUAAAAAGCUGAAACACCACAUCAGGCUCUCUGUUGGUAUGUAUUUGUUCUACUGUAGUGGACGUUUCAGCACCUCGCAGCUCUGAUGAGUGAUAGCGCGAGUUAAGGUGGGAGAUAAGAUGAUACUGUAUAUAUACUGGGAGGUGACAGAAAUAUCUUUGAUACAAAGGUAGUUUUCCCUUCUGUUGUCGCCGGCAUUUGGGCGAGAUACUGCAUUUCUUGAUUUGUCAAUCAUUUAAUUUGCUGGAUUAGACAAAAACAGACUUUCCUACCUUGUCAGAUGUUUCAGUAAAUGUAAUAUAUCAUUGCAUAUAUUGAUAUUACCAUCUAAACGUUUAUAAAACCAUAGGAUUUUGCUCAUAUUACCCACUCCUAAGCAGGACAGUCCAUCCCAUCUCCACUCAAGUUCACUGGCUCGCCUGUUCUGGACCUUUAAACAGUCUUCAUUAGCAGAUGAAGUUUGUAAGUAAGGGGACUUUAAGUAGAGAUUUAAGUCAAGAAUGAAUUUAACCAACAGGGAUGACAGGUCUUAGUACAGAUAAGUAGAUAAAUGUCUUUUCAGAAUAUGGACAGAUGUUCCCAGUAUGAAUCUGAGUGAGGCUAGUGGAACAGAAGUGAACUCAACAGGGGGACGGGCCUUCAUCUCUAAAUAUGAAGAUUUUACUUAAAUGUGACCAGGAACUCAUAAAUGUUUUGUUCAACCUCAGUGACUUAAACGGCUGUAAAAUGUACACAUGUACUCCGAGCAGCUGCUAAAGUCCAUCCUAAUGACAUAUGGACAUGUGUUUUCCCUCAGGGAACUUCUGAAUGGUGUUCAUCAGUUUUUGCCACAGCGUAAUCACUGUUUUUUCCAACAAACAAGGAGAAAACAUUCCCCUGUUUCUUGUCUCCAUGUUGACAGGAACAAUUCUUUGAUACUGGCAUGUAAAUAUGCAUAGAUGUCCCAGAACUGCUUGCAGAUAUUCAGAUACACAAACAAUAUAGCCGUUGAACCUAAGAUAGCCAGUCAGACAAAGCACGCAUGCAUGUCUGUAUUUACAGUAUGUAGUUAGAGGCACAAGCAGCACAAUGAUUUUCUAGAUUCGGCUCACAUUUCAGGGCCACUUGUCACCAACCUGCACACAUACUGGCCUCAAUACAAUUGCGAACCUUUUGACCUCUGUCAGGACCGUUCUAGCACCGCCUGAUCUCUGGCUGACUUUUGUCCAGGAGCAGCAGUUCCUGGCCAACCCCAACCACCGCUGCUGUUGGUGGACAAGUCUCAACACAUUCCCACAAUGUUCUGCCGUUUUUACAGUUGGCCAGUGGACUUGCUCAAGGGCUGAUGUGGCUUUCUUGUUUGUUGACAACAUUUUAAGGUGACGAGUUGUGCUUUUCUAUCACAGAACCAAUCCAACCAGUUUAUCCAUAUGUCUUAUAGCUAGGACGUAUUCACAUUGAUUUUUCCCCAUCCAAAAAUUUGUAUUUGUAUUUAUAGUAUUUUCACGUCUCAGAAGUUGAUGCAAACAGGGAAAAAGGAUUGUCUGAAGUGUAUGCCAAUAUUGUGCAUUUAAAUCACUGGUUAGCUUGGGAAUUCAAUGCUUGAUGCAGUUUAUACUACAAAUAAAUACUGCAUAUCUUUUAACACCACUACCUGUGUGCCCACAUCCAAAGGAACCCAAAAAUGUUCAAUAUUAAAUAAAAAAGAUAUUAAAUAAAUAAUCAUGAAUAAAUUGUGAAAAUAUCUAAAUUUACCAACGAUUCGUGAAAAACUUGGAAAGAAUUCUUAAAACUCAACUAAUUAUCAUGAGAUGUUAAUCCACCAUUCAUUUUCAGAGCACAUAAUUUUUAUUUAAUUAUAGACUUUUUAUUUCAGAAUUUCACUUAAUGCCACCCUCUCACCUUCAGUUUAUCAUGCUCUUAAAUUAGCCUCUCUAAAACUAGCAAACUGAACAGCUAUUACCAGAUUAUGCCAGUUAGUUAGCUCCUGUUAGCUAGCGCAACAACAAUGCUAACAUUUUUCCAACAUUUUCCAUUUUGUCAACCAAGUAGAGGCUGCUGCUGUAAACACACACAGUACACAGCUGUAGCGUAUAAGCCUUAGCUUUACAAGGUUGCUUAUGCUACCUAGCUAACUUACUUUGAUAGCCAGAGUUAGCAAAGUUAGCUAGCUCCGUUUAGCUUGAGCAUAACUCUGAAUGAACUAACUAGCUGCUUCCAUUAACACUUUCAUGCAGAGUAGUAAGCAAAGCUCGCAACCCUGCCUUGCUAGUUAGCCAGCUAUGCAGAUAGGCUAGCAUGUGCAGCCUUGGUAAGAUAGCUGAAUAACCAAAAUAUUUUAGUCUCUGUCCUGUUAUUUGGUUAUUUUAUUGUUUAUUCACAGCAGCUAGAUCAUUGAUUCAGAAUAACUGUCACUGCUGCUCUCGCUAACAGGAGCUAACUGGCUGAUUCUGGUAGCAUUUAGCAGUUGAGCUUUGGCAUUUAAGAUGCAGGGGACAAGUGAAAAAAAAUAUUAAUUAAAUUAAACUAAAAUAUUAAAAUAAAAAGAGAUAACAUGUGAAGUGACAUUAUAAAAUAAAGUGGCAUGAGAUUGAAGUGUUAUUGGCCAAACAAAUUAUCAGAUAAUACUGAAAAAUACCCCUCAGAAUUCCCCAGAGUUCAGGGUGACAUCUUCUUUUUGUCUGAGCAACAGUCCAAAAUCCAUAAUCUUCAAUUUACUAAUGUAGAAGACUAAGAAAACCACCUUAAAACCUUGUUUCAGCGCUAACCUUGUUAUUCCAGUCUAUUGCACUUUAUUUAAUAGAAAUAUAAAUGCAGGCCUUGCACACAGACAGACAGGUGUUUCCACUUUCUCUGGCUGACCAUCAGUCUGUACCUGCCCACAUGGUCUGGAAGGAGUUUAAUCAGGAAACAUUUGAAACAGUGGGUGGACAAUGGGUCUGCAGGGCCGUUAAAGGACUCAGUACUCUAGUUAGUGAGUUAAUAAAUACUGUUGAUUCAAGUUGCUAUUAAAAGGACAUUCCACGGAUUUAAAUUAAAGUGAGACCUUGUAGCUUUUGCUAAACAGUGGAACAGCAGCACAGUUCAUAUUAGUUGAUAUAAGAUAUUUUAGACUGGUCUGUAGCGUAAGGCCAGUCUUAAUUUUGGCCUCAUUAGUGUAAUGUUAAAUAGUUUCACAAAAAUAAGCUUAAAAAGUUAGCCACCCAACCCCCGCAGGCUAACAGAACUGAGACCCCAGUUUCCAUGGAAAGAAUUAGCGACACCUGCUGAUCAGUGGCCGGUUGAUGCCAGUGAUCAGCAGUGGCAUCAAUGAUCUUACAUUAAGCGUUUCCUGUGGUCCGCCUGUUUGUAAUUUUUUUUUUUUUGUUCUCAUUAUAUUGCUUCCUUUGCAUCUUGUACGAUUGUUGUACGUCUUUCCUGAGUCCUUGUGAUUGUUGAAAUUUUCCAGAAGGAAAAACUGUCUGCUGGAACAAAGGGAGCUGAGUGGUUUGAUGCAAUCACUCGGUCAGCCAUGGGGUUUAGUUCAGUUACAGUAAGUCUUAAUUUACUCAGAUUUCAUGAAUGACACACCUUUGGGUAAGAGAUGAAUAUUCGACUUUUCUUUAUAAGAGAAAAAUGGUAUAUUUAUUCUGUUAAAAGCUGCAUAAUGCCACUUUAACACUGGUUUUACCUGUGAUGAGGAGAAGUGCUUCUCAGCCUGUAGUAAAAGUCAAACUCUGUCUUCUGAGGCUCUGGAAGGAGCUUCGAUAAUCUCGUAUGAGUUAUCUCUUGGGCUCUGAGACUUUUUAACAGUCAGCCUGUGUAACAAAACUGGGCUGUGAGGGAGAUUUGAAAGACAUGGGUGUUAACUGGUUAGGGAGGAUCUUUUAGAGCUACGGACUAGAGGUCAGGAUAUUUUGACCUCUGCAGCAUCAGUUUUGACCGUUCUCUUUGUGAGUUCACCAGCUUCAUUGAUGUGAAAACUAAAUUGCUGUAGUGCCCCUUCUAAUUGAUUAAUGAUUGAAUUUGACUCAAUAUUUGUAUUUUUGGUGAGAUAACACUAUUUCAAAGCUGUGGUGCUUGAGCAAACAGAGUAUAAUUCCAAUAUACUGUAUGUUUACUUGUCAUAUAUUAGUAUGAAUUAUCGACAAGAAUCAGUGCCGAGUGGAAAAGUUGUUUUUUUCCUUGUAUCUUUUCUUGUUUCUCCAAGUUAUCUUAUGUAUAAAUAAUCAACCAAGUAUGUGGUAAAGUGAAGAUUGCUUUGCUGAACUAAAACCUGUAAUAGAUGAUCUUCAUUCUGUUCGGUUAUGAAUGUGGCCAAUAUCCUGAGAAAAACUUCUCAACAAGCCAAAUGAGGACAACAACAAUAUCGAUCCAUUCCAGAGACCUUGCGGUAUUAAAGCGUGCACAUCUCUUAUAUUAUACUGGAGCAAUAAUGUAGCUGCAGGGUCAACUGUAGCAUUCACUGCCUGAACGUGUCUGAUUUAAUAAACCAUUUCAUGAAGGGUUAUUGCUGGGUUAAUAUGAGCCUUGCUGUGCCUGCAUUUUAAUGCAAUUAUUGUGAUGUCUUUAAAUGUAUUUAGUAAAAACUGGAAAAGACUUUAUCCCAUUUCUUUAAUUGGUUUCUAAAAUGUGUAGAAAAUGUAUUCAUCACAUAAAAUGUAAUCAUCUCUUCUCUAAUUGAACAGAAUACUGUCGCACCUAAGACAAUAAAUUCAAGUGAAAAACAUUUCACUCAAUUGCACAAACACGUUAAUAUUUGAGCAGAGUUUGGUAUUUUUGUUGCAAAACCAGCAGUGCUGCUUGCGGGUCCUGCAGCUUCCUCAGUUAACCGAGGACUGUUCGAAGUCUCUGAGGCUGCAACAUGUGGACGGACGACAUUUUUCAUCUGGACACGACUGCCUGGCUUGUGUUCAAAAUUCAAACAUGGGCUCUACGAGGAGCGGCCUGGAGAAGAUCAGCAGACACAAGAUCUCUUCAGGGCAAAUUAUUGUUCCUCAAAAGCACAGUAAUGCAGUUUGGUUGCUUAUUGUUAAAAAUAAAGGCGC